CCAUUAUAAAUGGGCGGUCUGCCCUAAAUGUCUCGCAUCCAUCGAAACCCCACUUUAUUAGCACCAACCCCGUCUCCUUCCUCCAUUCCUCCGCUGCUAGAACCUUCUAGAAGCUCUCCUCCUCCUCCCAUGGCGGCGACGAUCGUGUCCGUCAAGGCGCGCCAGAUCUUCGACAGCAGGGGCAACCCCACCGUCGAGGUCGAUGUGUGCUGCUCAGAUGGAACCUUUGCAAGGGCUGCAGUUCCCAGUGGUGCAUCAACUGGUGUCUAUGAAGCUCUCGAAUUGAGGGACGGUGGAUCUGAUUACUUGGGAAAGGGUGUUUCCAAGGCUGUCGACAAUGUGAACUCGGUUAUUGCCCCAGCUCUGAUUGGCAAGGACCCUACGUCACAGGCUGAGCUUGAUAACUUCAUGGUUCAGCAGCUUGAUGGAACCAAAAAUGAGUGGGGGUGGUGCAAGCAGAAGCUUGGUGCUAAUGCAAUCCUGGCUGUGUCACUGGCCAUUUGCAAAGCUGGAGCUAUCAUCAAGAAGAUUCCUCUGUACCAGCACAUUGCCAACCUUGCUGGAAACAAGCAACUGGUUUUGCCCGUACCUGCAUUCAACGUCAUUAACGGUGGAUCACAUGCUGGAAACAAGCUUGCCAUGCAGGAGUUCAUGAUCCUUCCUACUGGGGCCGCUUCAUUCAAGGAGGCCAUGAAGAUGGGUGUUGAAGUGUACCACAACCUGAAGUCUGUUAUCAAGAAGAAGUAUGGUCAGGAUGCCACCAAUGUUGGUGAUGAAGGUGGUUUUGCUCCUAACAUUCAGGAAAACAAGGAGGGUCUUGAGCUCUUGAAGACUGCAAUUGAAAAGGCUGGAUACACUGGCAAGGUUGUCAUUGGAAUGGAUGUUGCUGCUUCGGAAUUCUACAAUGACAAGGACAAAACCUAUGACCUUAACUUCAAGGAGGAGAACAAUGAUGGUUCACAAAAGAUAUCUGGUGAUAGCCUGAAGAAUGUAUACAAGUCAUUUGUCAGUGAAUACCCCAUUGUCUCGAUUGAGGAUCCGUUUGACCAGGAUGACUGGGAACACUAUGCUAAGAUGACCGCUGAAAUUGGAGAGCAAGUGCAGAUUGUCGGUGAUGACCUCCUUGUCACCAACCCAACAAGGGUGGCAAAGGCAAUCCAGGAGAAGUCAUGCAAUGCUCUUCUGCUGAAGGUUAACCAAAUUGGAUCUGUCACUGAGAGUAUUGAGGCCGUGAAGAUGUCAAAGCGUGCUGGCUGGGGUGUGAUGACCAGCCACAGGAGUGGUGAGACUGAGGAUACCUUCAUUGCUGAUUUGGCUGUUGGUUUGGCCACGGGUCAGAUCAAGACUGGAGCACCCUGCCGAUCAGAGCGCCUUGCCAAAUACAACCAGCUUCUUAGGAUUGAGGAGGAGCUUGGUGCGGCUGCUGUCUACGCUGGUGCCAAGUUCCGCGCACCCGUGGAGCCCUACUAAACUUGAUGGUGAAGACAGGAUGCUCAUUUCUAUCCGUAAUUGACUUCCCGGUCGAACUCUAGUUAAAAAGCUCGUAGAAUCGAGAAAUAAAUCCUCCACUGUAUGAGCGGAUAUGUACCCCCAAACUUGCUCCAAUUUUGGUGAUGUGUAGUUCUGAGCUUGCGUGUUCUCUGAACCUGUUGGAUCUUUAAUACAGAGAGUAUGGCUUUUGUUAUUA